CUCCGCUCCCAGAAAACUGCAGUAAAGUUUCGUCAGCGAUACAACCGAUAAACCCAUGAUAGAAACCGGACGGCGGAUAGUUCCACAGCUGGACUCGUGUGGCUGUUUUACUUUUUCACCAUAAUUUUGUUUUUUUUAGAGACUUUUGAACUGGUGUUCUCUAACGGCGACGUCCAAGUCUCAGGGAUUUCCUCUCAUCUCGAAGUUCCCAAGAUGAACUUCGGGAAACUUUCUGUGUUGGUGGCAGCGCUCUUCGUUGCGCUGGUUUGUCACGCAGCAGAACCUCCAGCGGCUCAAUGGGCUGGCGAUGAAUACAAAAACAUCACUCUACGACGACAUAGAAUAUGUGUGGAGAACAAGCAGUACCUCCAUCAGGGACUCUGCUGCCACAACUGCCAGGCUGGAACCUUUGUAAAGAAAGGAUGUGAAAGAGACCAGGAGCUGGGGACGUGCCUCCCUUGUGAGCACGGACAGACGUACACGGAGCACUCCAACGGGAUGAACCGCUGUCUGCCCUGCACACACUGCCGAUCAGAUGAGACUGAAACUGAGUCCUGCACCACAACUACAGACACCAAGUGUCAGUGCAGACGAGGAACCUUCUGUGUCCCUGAACAGGCCUGUGAAGUCUGCAAACGCUGUGCCAAGUGUAAACCAGGGGAGGAGGAGGUGAAAAAGUGCACCCCUUUCUCAAACACAGUGUGUCAAAAACUGAAUCCGUCCCCUACUGAAAGCGUUCCAGCCCUCCCCACGUCAGCCACAAGUUCUCCAAAUGAUGUUGAUUUUUCCUAUGUUUUGUCCCCAGUCCUCCCUGUAUGCAUCUCCCUGUUGAUCCUCAUCUGCAUUGGUGUCGGCCUGGCUGCGUGGUGGUUUAUCAUCAAACAGCGGUCAUGUGAAGUACCAUGUUUAAAGAGCAGCUGUGAUUCCAGUGAAAUCGUGAAGAUUCCCAUAGACGAGAGCGGAUCCACAGCUGAGGAGCGACAGAACAAUCAGAACGCCGGCCUGGAGGGGGAGGAGCCCCGCCCUGAGUCACGGCCGCUGCUGCAGGAGACCCAGUCGGGGCUGACCAAGGCCUCCCCACCCCUGGAAGACGAAGACCGAGGACUUGGAGACAGUUUGCCCAACACCACCAGCUCCUCUCAAACCAGCCUGUCAGCCCUGCCCACUGCUGCUUCCUCUGGUAACACCCCCCACCAGAGCCCCACUGCUGUCAGGCUGCCACCUGCAGACAUGGAUGAUCCUCUGCGACAUCGAUUGCUGCCACUUCUAGGGUCUGAGAAAUCCCUAAAGAAGAGCUUUGACCUGUUCGACGAGUACCUAGACGUUCGGAUCCACAACAAAUUCUUCAGGUCAAUUGGAGUCAGCGACAACCACAUUCGGAUCGCGGAGAACGGCGCCCCCAGUGACAAAGUGUACGAACUGCUGAAGAACUGGAUGCAGAGGCAGGGACUGAAAGCCGACAUCAACGACCUGCUUGACGCUCUGCUCAAUAUGGACCAGCGACGCUCGGCCGAGAGCAUCGCCUCAGCUGCUCUGCAGAAAGGCUUCUACAAGCACGCAGACACACCGUGAGGGACGGAGCGAUCAAAAAAGUACUUAAUGCAAGAAAAGCACAUAGACACUAAAAGGUGGACGUUGUGUCUGACGAACAGGCUUACCUCUUUGUGGCUGAGCAGCCAUGUUUUCCGAAGCCAGUAGUUCCAAAAAGAAAAACACAAAAAGGGGAAGGCCGAGCCGGAUCUAUCUAAGCUCAAGGAUGCUGACUACUUGCCAAAUGUGGUGGUGUAAAAAUGAGAUUGAAGAUUGCAUUUUCUUUCUGAUUUUAUGACAAAAAUGAAAAUGUUUCAAAAAAUAGCACAAUAACAUGAAGGUGUCCAAAUGCAGUAACAGCUGCGUGUUUAAGCUAACAGGCCAACACGCAGCCAAGUACUGAAAGCUUAGACGUCUCCAGUCGUGUGUCAGUCAUCUGGGUUUCUACCAGAUCAUUUAACACUAACCUGGAGACAAAAAUAUACACUGGUUUGUAGGAGUGGCAUUAAGGAUGCCACAAAUACUGGUGCACUGACCUCUGGCACAUGUAGGAUGUUAAACUACAAUCAUGCUUUAGUUGUUGUUUGUAUGUAUCAAAGAGUUCAUGAACAUUUUCCUGGUUAAGGAAAUGAAAAAAUAUUAUAAGUGGUCAAAGUCUAGCCUUUAAAUCAAAAACUUUGCCUCCUCAGUGCCUUUUGAUCAUUUAAAUAUAGUAGAUCAAAAUUUUAUGGUGGUUUCAUGGAGUGUAGUGUUAAAAAACGUCACAGUUGACCUUUUUUCAAGCCCCACUCUCCUGGGUUACUGUUAGCAGGUUAGACAAAAUCUCCUGUCACUGGGCAGCCUUUCAUUUGAAACAUCAGAAAUUACCCUGCAGUUUGACUAGCUCGGACAGUCAGUUGAUUUGAUCCUUUACAGCCCUGCCUCAAUGAAAGAUAAAGACAUAGAUGCUGUUAGGAUGCAUGAGGACAACUCAGAAUCUUCAAAAACUCAAAUUUAUUGUUUAAAAAUUUGUCCUUGUCUAAUGCUAGUCAUGUCAACUAACAUUAGAUGUUCUCCCACUGUACAAUAACAGUGUUUACUCUGCUAAAGGAGACAAAAGAGAUGCAUUUUACGCAUCUACCUGCCUUAUUUUAAUUCUGUAAAGUUAUAAGUAGGAUUGGAUGGUAUUAACCUCCUGAGACCCAAGCUUUCACUUGGAAAGCGUUUCUAGUUUUGUUUUUUUUUAGAAGUAUAACAGAAAAGUAUUACAGAAAACAGAAUGAUUAUUUCUUUACUUGGAGGUAAAAAUUUUCACCAAAAAAAGUAUGUUUUUAAAAGCGGGAAAAAAAAAUUGUUGUCAUUUUUCUGAUGGUGGACCUCAAGAACGUAUUCAGGCCAAGUAUGAACUAAAUUUGAAAAAAAAAAAAAAAAUGUUCCAGAGGUCUUGAAAAAUGUCCUAAAAAAUCCUAAAAUAUUUCUCAAAUGUUUUAGUCAAAAUUUCUGAACAGGCCUAAAGACUGAAAUACAAAUUUAACAAAAAAAUCCAUGAAGUUUUCUAUUAUAUUUCAAAGUAAAUUCCAGCCAAAUUACAGAGAAUUUACAAAUGAAUUCAUAUGGAUAUAUAGAAUGUCAAUGUCAAUAGAUAAUCCCUCCCCCAAAAAUUCUAA